AUGCCUCGACUCAGGCCAAUAAGCGAGUCAUCGCUAGAUCCAGCCAACAGACGAUCCUCUGCUCGAGCCCGCAAACCUACAGCCAAACUCGAAGCCCUCACUGCUACCAAAUUCUACGCCUCGGACAUGGCGAACCCACGUCACGACGCUUCCAUGUCUCAGAGCCCCGAUCCAAGUGUCGACUCGUCCAACCUGACACCCGUCAGUCCGCUGUCCGAUGCUGCCCCGGCUCCAGGGCAAGACCAUACUCCACCUUCCACCGUCUCUACCGAUCAAUCCAGUAUCUCUGCGGGCUACGGGGAAGGCAGCAACGCGGCAGUGCCGGAGAUUGACGAUCCAGUCUCUGCGAUAGGAGUCGGCAAGCGUGGGCCUCGCCGGGAUCGUAAGCCCACUCAGCGAGCACUUGAGAUGGGCGAGUCUACGUCGACCACUCGUCGUCGUCGGCGCACCAGGGAGGAAAUCCUGAAUACGCGGACAUCGAUUACGCCUUCCGAGGCCAGUCCGACACCAGAAGCUGUGCCAAUCAUGCUGCAGCCGUCCAGGAAGCAAGUCCGCCGUAACACGAAGCUGAUUGACUCGGACGACGCCAGCUCCGUUCCUGCAGAACCCGUGCAAAAGUCAGAGCCGCCCAUCAGCACGCCAAGACGUAGCGAUGGACGGAGCCGGUCUGCCAUUCAGGACGCCAACAAGACGACUCCUUCUACCUUCGAGUCUCCUCGUCGAUCUUCGAGAGUCAAGAACCUCGAUGCUAAUGUUGCGGAAGCCGCAGCGUCAGCGGCCCAUGACAGCAAAAUACCCGACAACACCGAGUCGUCAAAUCAAGCAAUGGCUCCAAGUACGACGAAUGACAGUGCUAGUGAUGGCAUGAACUCAGGUCUGCCCACGUCCACCGACCGCAACAUCCGUCUGAGGUUCAGACAGCCCGCCAGAAAGCUCGAGAGUAUCGACCCUCCAGACACUACUUCGGUCGAAUCUCCAGCUCUGUCCAGCCCCAGCACGACUAGACGCACGAGCAGACGAUCUACUAGCAACCCCAACCAAGCACGGGAGAGUCAGUCUCGUAAAAGAUCUGCUUCACCACCUGAAGAGGAGCGACCACAGAAAUCCAUGAGAGUAACACUGAAAGUGAAAGUGCCUGUGUCGAAACUCAAACAACCAUCUAAACUGCGGCACUCUGUCAUUGCCGAACAUGACAGCGAGGCAAUCUCACCGGCAUCUGAAACAAUGCCGCUUCCUGCGAAGCACUACGGUGCCGGUGCCCAAAUCGUGCGCGACGACUCCCAGCAAGCCAACAAGACUAGCAACGCUAUCCAUCAGCGGUCCACAAAGUUGACAGUUCUUUCGAUACCGGCGAAGCUAUCUCGUCGUGCCCAGGCUAAGGUUGACGCCAAAGCUAAUGGAAGAUUAAGGCAAGCGACAGAGUCAGCCAAUCCCGAUAUGCUACAGAACACUAUGUAUGGUGGAGCUUCAUCGCACUAUACCCCCAGCGUGAGCAUGGUUGGCCCAGCGGUGGGCUGCCAACUUCACUGUCUUUCGCCCCGUUCUCGGACACAGGCAUACCAACGCAUGACGAUGAGCACGACUGAAUCUGACCAAGAGGAUGCUGCCGGAACGGAUGGCAAUUUUGACUUGGAGCAUGUCGUACUGCGUAAGAGAGGUUCUUCGUACUGUGUUUGCACCGAUUCUAGCCACAGUCAUGCAGCCACGACUCCAGUAUCAGCCAGCGAAGAAAACGCACCUCAGGACCGACAGUCUGCCAAAGUGCUACAACCACGUGAGCCACAUGAGCGCCAAAACGAAGACAUCCUCGCUGCGUGGCCGGAGAACAUCGAGCUUCCAAUGGUCAUGCCGGCCGUCAACUCGAGCAUGUCUGCAGCGCAAGCUCGCGUGGCCUCACUGCUCUACAAAGUCAUUCCAGGGCGAGUGGCUUCGGAUGAAACUGCACAAGACCUUCGGACUUCUAUUCGUCGGUCUUCUUCACCUGUGGCCUCUGGCGACGCACUGGAUCGGACUUCCAAUCAUAGCACUGCUGCACCUGCUACACGGGCGGGUUCGUCUUCUGGGCGUGCCAGUGAGUCUCACGCUGCAUCGUCUGCGUCGUCUUCCGAAGAGCGAGCAAGGUGGGCUGACCAGGCUCUCGAGCGCACCCGGCGUGUAGCACAGGAAAUGGGCAUUACUGUCACCCCAUAUAUGGAGUACGACCAAAUCAAAAAGCUGGUGCAAGUCUAUCAGUCCCGUGCUCAGCCUUCGGGGUGGAGCCAUCCGCAUGCCCAUUCGCCCACAUUUUCGGGCAACAUGUUGCAAGACGACAGCGACGACCGCCUUCAACAAAUCAUCGGCGAUAGCUAUACUGCUACUCUGAGCCGGAAUGCGGCUGGUCGUGUCCGAGUCACAACACCGUCAAGGUCAAGCAACAAUGACGCCUGGAACGAGGAUGAGAGAUCCGAGAAGGAACACAAGACGAGCAAGAUCGACGACAAGAAGACUGGUGGGAAGGAGCUCAAGGAGGUACAGACAAGGCGGCGGAAGAGUGCACAGGAACAGUCCAAGCCCUAG